CGCUAAUUCGAUUUGAACGCGUCGCUUGCGAACGCGCGGAGGCGGUGUGUCGUCGCGUCAAGCCGCUUCGCAAUUUCAGUCUCGGUGUUUUCUUGACAGUGCCUUUCGUCCAAGUGAGAACAACGAUCGCGGCGGAGUCCGGAAGAGAGUGCCUGAAAUCGGGGCGUAGUGCCUCCGCAAUUGGUUUUUCGUGUGCGUGCCGCGUCGUAAACAGAAGUGAGGUUGAUCGAAAGUGACAUCUACGACCCGGUGCGUGGGCAAGCUUCGCUAGGAUGUCAUAAUCGUCGAGGUUUACGCGCAUCAACUUUGCACGAGAACAAAUUCUGACGCUACAUACAUGACAAUUUUGCGAAAUCAGUCUCGUCAACGAGGUGCUCGUGUCCAUGGUGAUCAACAAGUGCCAAGAGUAACGGUUCGCACCCACGUGACGUGUCACGAGGUAGUACGUACAAUGCAGGCUUUGAAUUCGUUUCCCGCGACAUUUGAAUUUGCGUGCCAAGUCGACGCGAGUCACAUCACAGUGAAGCACGGAUAAAACAUCAAGAAUCACGCCGUAAAAAUUCGACCAGUACGUAUCGAAGAAACGUACACGGAUAUUCGCUACGUACGCGUGACGCGCGAGAGAACGUUGCCUGAAAUUUCGCGGAAAGUGAAGCACCGGAAACGCAACCCGGUUCCAGAAGAAGGCGUCCUGACCGCGGUGAUAUAAUCGCACGAUCGUGAAAGACGCCGCGCGGUGGCUGGUGGUUUCUGUGUUCGCCGUGUUGCGCCGACGUUUGAACAAGUGAAUUUAAACUCGCCGCCCCGAACACGUGGAUGCAUACCGCUGUCUCAUCACCGGUGCGGUCUUCAACGUCUGCUUCUCAGGUGCACGAGAAAAUGCGUGUAAUAGCAUCGAGAUGACGAGCGAAAGACCAGCGGAGAUGGAUCCGUACAAGGAACUGGAGCUUUAUCUCGCCAAAGUUAACGAGGAAAUUGGUGAGAUAAUCGGGUCAGCUCCGACAACUCCACUCCGCAUCGUGGAAGAGCCAAGGUAUCCGACUCAACCCGGAGGACUAUCCGACUACACAAAUGAGUCUAUCACCCCAAAGUUCUUGCCUGCGAGAUCGCACAGCCUCGUUAGGAGACAAGACUCUUUGCCGAGAGGCGAUGAGGACAUCAGUGACUGGUCGGACAAUUUCCUCGCAGAAUUCAACAGCAUAAUCGCCAACGAGAUCAACGAGUUGACCAAAGAAAAGACGAGGAGAGAAGUCGCGCGCAACAACGAUGACGUUCGGAUAGUACAGUACAAAGAGCUACUAAACGAAUUCGGGAUAUCCGACAGCGAGAGCUCCGAUAGGGUAUCCAGCGGUGAACGCAAUUCCCCUGAAGAUGAGGUGAAUCUUCGAGAUCGCGGAAAAUAUUUUAUCGACGACGAUCGUCGCUGCUUACUAAACUCUGAUUACGAUGAGCCGCAGGAUCGAGUAAUUCCUGACGGAAGAAAGAGCGGUAGCCUACCGGAGAACUUGCAGGACAUCAUCGGCAAACACAAUCGAUUUCACACCGCGGAUACUCUGAACUCUGACUACGACGAGCCCAACAGUUGUCUGCCGACGAACCCGAUCAGAAAUCAAAUCGAUCGGAUCGCUUCUAGUCUACCGUCGAAAUUGGAGCGCGGAAGUGCCCCGAAAGACACGCGAUUGAACCUUUGCCAAGCACCAAAGACAUCCGUAGGAUUAAGUUUGAAGACCAAUGAAGACGUCGGUGCCGAGGCGUUCCAAGCCGGAUCGCUCGGAGGAGCUGAAGAAAAUUCCGACGAGUCCAACGCGAAACUGCCACCGCGACAACGAUCCGAGAGGAAGAUAAGCCUACCUGUCAAUCUGAUGAGCCAAAAGCGUCGAAAGGCGAUACGAUUGCAGAGGUUCCGACUAGGCUCGGAGGAGCAGGAAAACAUGGAUCCUGAUUACGAUGACGUAUUUCCGAAUGAAGAAAUCGGCAGAUCUAAAUCCUUGGACAAUCGCGUGCCAAAAUCGGCACCUGUAACGCCCACGGAGGAGAAAAAACCGCCUUUCUCAAAAUUGAUGAGAAAACGACAUACGCCGAUGUUUCACGAGAGCUCCGACGAUGUUAUCCUGGUUAGUAUAGCCUCACUGCCGGACCAGGAUCUGCUACGUUUGAAAAACGAUAGACUUCACGACGAGACGAGGAAUGACAAAGCACAUACGAAGGAAGCGUUGACCAAGAAGAGAGCGCUAUCGCCGUUAACUCUACGUUCCGAUAUCUCUGCAAAGAGAUUGUCAGAAUCGGACAGAGACAUCAGGCAGGUGAGCCCGGUGGAGAAACUGAAGAAAUUCUCGUUGGUGCGACGGUGGGGCAACGAUGUCGCGGUGAAUUGCGAUUUGCCCGUGAACGACGAGGUUGAUGGGAAUUGCGGGAUCGAAAACGGAACCCUCGGCAAGUUGGAGCACACUGACGUGAAGAGGAUCAUGGAGGAGCAGAACGCGAAAACGGGAUCCUUGCCUAUUUCCUUGCAAUCUUUAUUGUCGAGAAUUCGGAAUGGCUCGGGUUCUUGUUGUCCAAACAGUCCACCGAUGGACUCUCUGACGUGCUCCGACAUGGCAACGCAAACUUCGCCUGCGAUUUCGAGGAGUUCUAGUUUCACUUGGGUCAGCGAUUGCGACUCUCCCCAAGCCGAGUCCCAAUUAGAUUCACAGUCGUUACAAGAUGAGAGUACGUUGGAUCCAGUUUCACCUCAAGAUACUGUGGACGAUGAUAAUAGAUCCUCGUCGUCGUCACAGGAUCUCCUGCAGAGCAUGGACGAGAUUUCUUCCGGAAGUCUAUCGCCGGAUACCACCGAUAGAGCAUCUCCGCUUGAAAGCGGAAUUGGAACGGCGAGUCCUCCGAGAAGUACGGAUCGACGAUUAACCAAACCAUCAAUAAUCGAUCAAUCACCGAAUAAAUGUCACCGCAAAGAGACGUGGGAGCGAAUCAGGCGACGGCCAUCAAAGUUGAACUCACGAAACGACAAAAACUCACAAGACGUAUGGGUCAAACGUGAGAGUGUGCAUACGCAAACGAAGACGAACGAUCAGUACUCGCAGGAUGCAGUGGACAGCAGUAGCGGUCUCGAUGACUCCUUGCCGAGGAUCAAGGCGCCUCGGCCCACGAAUUUACCGCUAUGUUUAUCCACCACUGCAAGCAGUUCCUUGAGCUCGGGCGAACUGCUCGAAACGCCGCCCCGCGCACCAUCAUCUCCAUCCGCGGCGAGUCUCCAGCUGAAGCCGGAACCUUUAGCUGUCGAGAUGGGCGGGAAGAGCAGCAGCGCGCCGUUAUUGGAGAACAACGACGCCGAGAACACCAACGGGAAGGUGCCGAGCUUGCAGCAGCCACGCUCACAAUCGGAACGGCAACUAUCAGAAAUCGAGGCGCAGGAAGCUUGCAAAUGGCUGAGAGCUGCCGGCUUUCCGCAGUACGCGCAGAUGUAUGAAGACUACCAGUUCCCGAUAGACGUAUCCGGUGUAGCCAAGGACCACCCUUUCCUCGAGGCCGACUCACUGCAGAGCCUUUUCCGGCGAUUGCACGCCCUUAAUCGCUGCGCCACUAUGAAACUCGACACGCAUCACACGCACCAUAGCACGAGCCACAGCAAAAGCGGUAGUGGCGGUGGUGGCGGUGGCGGCGACGAGUCCGACGAAGACACGCAAUGCGCCUUGAGCGAAAACUGGACCUUUGAGAAGAAAACUAGACGCUGGUCUCGCAUAGUCGACGUCACGCAAGCGAACGUCGAGAGGCUGCAAGCGAUCGCCGGGCAGAAUGCCGCCUCUGAAGAGGACUCCGUCGAGGACCGUCUGGAGGCCGAUGAAGCGGAGGACAUGCUGGAGAACAUGCGAUACGGAAGCUUACCUCCGGGAACUACGCCCGACGAGAUUGGUCCGCGAUUCCGCAGAUCCGGCUCGGAGAGGUUGCGAGACGGCGCGAAGGCCUUCCUGAGACGCGUCGAGUCCCUUAAGUCGCGACGACGGAAGCGUCAGAACCGCGACGGGGUCGUCAUCAGUGGGCCGCAGGUGCUCGACGUCAUGUCUAUGGAGCAGAAGAUGAAGGAGUUGAACUGCGUGGACGUAUCACCUACGGGACCGGCGCCUAUGUCCUUAAACGAACUCUUGACGGCUUCGCCUCUUCAAGUCCCAAGCUCGCCGCUCACCGUACCAGCUACUCCUUAUCAUCUACCACCGUCGCCGCUGACGAAUACGCCUAGCCCGUUUGGCGACGACUCGUCUAGCUACUGUUCGGAUGGCUCUCAGGGCGGUGGUCCGACCCCGAAGCCGACCCGCACGAAGAUGAACCGCGCCCGGCGAUUCCUUCAUCGCGGCAGGGAGGAUCAAGGUGCGUUGAGCGACUCCGAGUGCCAACCAACCAACUGGCGACACCGAUACUUCCGAGAUGCCAACAGCAACCACGCCAAAGUACUGGAGUACGUGAACGCGCAUUCUCACAGUCUUAAAGAGUCGCCAGCGAAGAACACGGCGAUCAACACCCGUGGUGGCAGCCUGAACCUUGGUAAGGAAUCGCAGAGGUAUCGCGACAAGCUCGCCCAGAGCAAGGAUGAUAAAGCGGCGUCUCUGAAGCGGGAAGAAAAGAUACACAAGAGCUUCCGGCAUCGCGACGAUUCCUACAGAGACGGCAAGUCUCUGUCCAAGGAGGUGACGGUCUAUCGGGAGAAAUCCAGGUCUAGGAGCUCGGAAUUGGCCGGCAGUCAGGAGAGUGGCUCUACCGUGGCCAGCAGAGACUCCGAUCAGGAAGAGGAGUCACCCAGACACAAAGGCACCGUCGUCAGGUGGCACAGCUUUCAAAGAGGAUCACUUUACCCCGAACCUUUGGACCCCCUGUGUCCCAGAGCGAUGGCCUCGAUGUCCUGCGGGCAGCUUCUGGUCCUGAGGAAGUUGGCGUUGUUGAAGCUCACGGCAUGUAUGGAACGAUAUUGCCCGACUCACCGCACCGGCUGGAACUGGGAACUCCCAAAGUUUAUCAGGAAAAUUAAGACACCGGAUUACAAGGACAAGACGGUGUUUGGAGUACCGCUUUUAUUAUCCCUGCAGAGGACCGGUCAAGCUUUACCCAAAUGUAUCCAAAUCGCCCUGAGAUGGCUGAGAGCCAACGCUCUGGAUCAGGUGGGCAUCUUCAGAAAGAGCGGCGUCAAGUCGAGGAUACAGAAACUCAAGAUCAUGACGGAGACACAGGGGGACAACAUCAAUUUCGAUGGGCAGCAGGCAUAUGACAUUGCCGAUCUUGUCAAACAGUAUUUCAGAGAGCUGCCGGAGGCUCUGCUGACCAACAAGCUCUCGGAAACGUUCAUCGCCAUCUAUCAACAUGUACCGGUGGACAUGCGACCCGAUGCCGUGCAGUGUGUCCUGUUGCUGCUCCCAGACGAGCAUCGCGAGGCGCUGGAGACUUUGCUCGACUUCCUGAAUCACGUCGCGAACAACUCGCCCUACAACCAAAUGACAGCCUCGAAUCUGGCUGUAUGUCUAGCGCCGAGCUUGUUCCAUUUCAACCACAGCAACACGAGCGUGACCAACAGGUCGAGCAGCGUGUCGCCACGUAGGCGAAAGACCGUGGGCAUUCCCGAUCAACGGGAACUGUCGGAAAACAAAGCCGCUCACGACUGUCUUCUGUAUCUGAUCAAGAUGCAUCGUGAAUUAUUCAUGGUCUCAUCGGAUAUGUUGACACAGUGCCACUUCAAUUAUAUGGAGGAGAGCAUUCCGGUCGCACUGGAGGAACUCGGUUCGGAAUUGAAGCAGGAUUGGAGGGGAUAUCUGUACGCUUGCACCACGGCAUUGCUAAAGGAAGCGCGAGAAAACAGAAGUCGCGGCUGGGUCACGGUGAACAAUCCUGCUGACAGCAGCGUAGAAAUGGCGUACAAAAAGGUGGGCGACGGACAUCCGCUUCGUCUCUGGCGAGUUUCGACGGAAGUUGAGGCUCCGCCGAAUGAACUGUUACAUCGUGUGCUGCGAGAGAGGCAUAUUUGGGAUCCGCAACUUCUAAAGUACAGGCUGGUGACCAAGUUGGACGCCAACGUGGAAGUCUUUCAAUACGCCACCGGGAACAUGAGCCCGUUGCCUGCCAGAGAUUAUUGCGUAUUAAGAUCUUGGCGGAGUGAUCUUCCCAAAGGUGCCUGUGUCAUCGUCGAAACAUCCGUGGAACAUCCGGAUGCUCCUGUCAUGCUCGGCGGAACUCGCGGCAUCGUCUUGGCCUCUCGUUAUCUUAUCGAGCCAUGUGGCAGCGGCAAAUCCCGCAUUAUGCAUUUAUCCCGUGUCGAUACAAAAGGUCGCACACCUGAAUGGUACAACAAGAGCUAUGGUCACAUCGCCGCUCUUCACCUGAGUAAAAUCCGCAACUCUUUCAAACACACCACCGACGGGCCCGAGAGCAAAGUUUGAGAGCAGGACACCGUGCAACACCAGUUGCACGGUUCUUCCUCCUCGUCUCUCCAGGAUUCUGGCGAGCAGCAGAGCGAUCAUAAAGCCCUAAAGGACCUGCUACAAGUUCAACCUACCAUCGACGAGGAAUAAUCUCGAUUGGUCGCGCGAUCAGUACCAAAACCCACCGAUGUUGUAGUUAGCUCCGUUCGGCAACCGGUUCUGGAUCCGAGAUAAGCAUCCCGAUCUUAUCGUAGUGGUAGAAUUCUCCGUGUGACGUUUACUGUCCAAAGAUCUUGCCGUCCGUGUUUCUCAUGAAAGUCGCGAGGGAUAGAAUGUAAAAUAUGAGAAUGGACGAUCAUUCACUCAGCGAAUUUAAUAACGAAAGCGGCGCGCAUAUCUGUAAAUCGGCAAUUUCGGGAUUUAAAACCUAACUCGUUAUUUUUGCAAUUUGUAUUCUAAUGUUGUUGUUUGAGAAUUUGUAAAUUUUAUUUUUCUAUCGCGAUCAAAAGCGGCUCUUGAAAUCCUUACGGUUCGUUGAUCCAAUCGCAUUUUAAUGUUAAAAAAUUGAAAACGGCCGAAUAAAUGCUGUAUUCCGUGUAACGACGGCAACUUUAUGGGUUUAUUCUAUACUAUAAUAAAUUUCUAUUUUUAAUAAAAAAUAAAGGAGAAGAAUGCCCAAGAUUAUAACAGAGAUAAGAGAUUAUGAUAUUAAAACGAAUUAUUUUAUAAGAAUUUCGUUUUUAUUGCAUAAAAAUUUCUUGAAAUUAAUACGAGAAACCGUUGCUUCGAUUUUUGUUAAAAUAACAAAUUAUGACGCGACAAUUAAAUUUUACUUGUUUAUUUUCUCGUUAUCUUCGUGAUAAAAUUUUCUUUUAAUUUUAUUUUAAAUUGCGGAAUGUACCCAUCGGCUGUAGCGGUUGCAACUAACUGUAAUACCAUAUCUAAAUUGACAUUUUCGCUGACAAUGCGCGCUCUUUUGUAAUGAGAAUAUUGACCGUUAAAUGUUCCUGUCAGGCGCCUAAAGUGGGACAAAGCCUAGAUAGGGUACUGUCUGAACAUGCAUUCAAGAUUCAUGCAUUUCGUAUAUUUUUUUUGGACCAAAUGCCAAUUUUUCUAUCGUAUCGCAUUAAGAUAGCUGACAUUCAUUAGUUGGGGAAUAUAUCUCUCAUCUCAUAAGUGUUGCCGCACGUAGACGGGUGACUAUGUAAAUGUCGCUCAUAUACACGUGUGUCUAUUUAUAAGCGUGCUUUUACGAGUACGUGUUUGUUACAUGUAAAAGAAAAAAUGACGUUGUUUCACUAUCGGAGUUGGGCAAGGCACUGCUUCGCUAUUUAAAUUAUAUAAAAAACAACACACGAUGGAGAUGCACUGAAAUGCAAAUUUAUACACUUAAAAAUAAUUUUUCAAGAAUAUGACAUUAAACAAUUUUAUAUCAAUUUCUUCAAUUUAUAAUCAGUGAAAUGUUCGAAGUAUUUUUUAAAAUAUUUGUAAGAGAUAUUUUAAUACAAAGUUAUUUUAUACGCGCAUGCGUGUACAUGUGCCACUUGUAUAAAUGAAACAGUACCUUGUACAGCUUCGUUUAUUGUCAUAGAUUUAUCGCCGAUGCCGCGAUUGCCGCGGCCGCUCGAGCAAUGCGAAAGGAUUUUGAGUAAAGCAUAAGUUUCCAAAUCUCGAUGUUCCAUCAUGCGAGUGGCGGAUAAGACUACUCGAAGCAAUUGUGAUUGUUACUCGUGUCGAUGUUAAAAAUUAAGGUAAAACAGAUAAAAAAGUACCUAUUUUUGCUGUUUGUUCGGAAUCAUCGCGAGUUGACCAAUUGCACUCGCGAAUUUAGGACGCUUAAACGUUCAGCAUGUUCGUGUACAACAAUUAUUAUAGGGACCACCUUGCGGACGUAACAAAUGAGUGGAGGGAGUUUUAUCCUCGUUAUAUACGUUCUGAGGUUUCACCUACGCGAGUUGUAAAGGCGACACACCUAAGGGAAAACAGUAGACCGCUAUGUAUCGAGUUCUUGCCUAUCAACAUAAUCAAUUUAUUUAAUGCAAUAAAUUAAAUUGAUCAAAAUCCUUUUUCUUUCCCCAUUCAGAAUAAUAAAUCGCGAACUUGAUUGCCUCUUGGUCCGCUUAUUUAAAAAUCCAUCUUACAUUCCGUCAUUUGUUACGUCCAUCGACCACCCUUGUUCGGACCCCAAACAAGAAAUGACCUGCGCAUGAUGCAUCUCAUCGAAUCGAAUUCUAAGUGUAUUUUAACGUAAUACUAGUCACUUACAUUAUAGCCGAGAGUUAUGAAUUACGACAUAAGAGUACCAUAGAUUUUUAUUCUGCAGCGUUGCGCCGAGAAUAUUUAAAAUAUUAUCAAUUACUAUUAUAUAUAUAUAUCGACGUUAAGGAAUCAUACGCAAAUAUAUCAUAUUUUUGUGUCCAAAACGCCAGUAGAAGCGCGACGGCCGAAUAGAGGUGUCGUCGUCACUUCUUCAUACUUGUAACGACAUAUGAACGUCUUUAUUCUUGUAAUCCGUGUUCCAUUAGAAUGUAAAUAUGUAUAUUAUAUAAUAAUGAACAACACAGAGAGUUAUAUACUCAU